AUGAGAUACAGAUGUGAAGAUUGCAACUAUGAUCUUCACAAAGAUUGCAUGUUUAGCAAGCCCACCACAACCCACGAAAUCUUCAAAGACUUCGUUUUCAAAUUCUAUGAGCAACCACCCCCUUCGAAACUCUACGGCAAAAGAACCAAGAGAUAUUGUAAUGCUUGUGGGAAACAUGUCAAAGGUUUCAUCUAUCAUUGCCCUGAAAAGGACUUGGAUUUGCACCCCUGUUGUCUCAACCUCAUGAAAGAAUUCCAAAUUGAUCAUGUGAAAUUUCACCUUCGUGGGACUAAGGCAAAGUGCAUAUUUUGCAAUCAAAUUGAUUUGUCAGGAAUUGAGGUGUGGUCGUACGUGUCCGAGUGUGGUGAGUAUAAUGUUCAUGUUUCUUGCAUAAGGGAACUGAUAGUUGAGGAAUUGGAGAAUGGAACAACUGAUAUUUUGGCUUUGAAGAAUUUGGGGCUGCCUAUGCAACGUCGAUUGAAAAGAAGCGGUUGGAUGGGUAAAUGUGCUUGA